AUGAGUUGGGAGGGGGGGCGGCGAAGUGGGUUGUUGGGAUCAACGGUAAAAAGGAUGAUGUUCGUUCAUGCAAGACUUAUGAAAUUUGAUAGAGUUCUUCUCAUCGACCGGUAUCGUCUGACGUCACGAAAAAUACGACACGAAAAAGAGGUGCAACACGAGGACUUCCCAGGAGAAAUGAGUUGGGAGGGGGGGCGGCGAAGUGGGUUGUUGGGAUCAACGGUAAAAAGGAUGAUGUUCGUUCAUGCAAGACUUAUGAAAUUUGAUAGAGUUCUUCUCAUCGGCCGGUAUCGUCUGACGUCACGAAAAAUACGACACGAAAAAGAGGUGCAACACGAGGACUGUUCCCAGGAGGUCACCCAUCCUAGUACUACUCUCGCCCAAGCACGCUUAACUGCGGAGUUCUGA